AUGACCCUUAGGAAGAUCCGUCUGAUUGCCAUGGCGCCCACAUUCCUGAUUCUUCUGGGGGCCGCCAUCGCACUGGGAGCAGACGUACGUCCUGAUAGAAACUUCUCACUCCUCCCACCCGUCAACUUCACCAUUCACGCCGCGGGUUUGGCGCAAGUGCUCUUACGCUGGGACCCGAAUCCCGAUCAAGAGCCCGUGUCGCUCACGCUCGGCUACCACGUGAAGGUCCACGCGCCGGAGGACGAGGACUAUCAAACCAAGAACACGGAGAGCAAGCGGGUGGCCCCGCUUCACCGCGGCUUCUCGGCCAGCGUGCGGACGGUCCCCUGGGAAGAGCCCUCCCUCCUGGGUGACCAUCCCUUUGUGAAGACGGAGGAGCUGUCCCCAACCCCUGUGGCUCCCGGGGACGUACAGGACGCGGGAGCUGUCGCCACAACGUCUCGUCCUUUCUGUUCGCUGCCGUCAGGGUCUCCUGGGACCGCCGCGGUGAACCUGACCUGCUCCACCAGCACCGUGGCGAGUAACGGGACACGCGGCCGGCCCUACCACGUUUCUCUGCGCUGCGCCUGGCUGGGGGGCGCCGAGGCCCCCGCGGACACGCAGUACUUCCUCCGCUACAGGAGGCCUCGCCCUCAGCGACCAGCCGGGGGCCACCGGGGCCACGAGGCCUGUGCCCCAGAGGUCAGUGCUGGACGCGUCAGCCCCGCUCACGGACCUCUCCGUCUCUGGCCAGAUCGCGUCAACCCUCCAGGGAACGUCACGGCCGAGGUCCAGGGGAGCCGUCUGCACGUGCGCUGGGAGAAGCCCGUGUCCGCCUUCCCGGGCCAUUGCUUUGAGUACGAAGUGAAAAUCCAAAACACAAGGAAGCGCUACCUCCAGACAGAAAAAAUGACGACCAACGAGUUCACCACAACAGUUCAUGACAUUUCUAAGUAUUGCAUCGAAGUGAGGGCCGCCGUGAGCUCCGUGUGCAGAGAGGGGGGGCUCUGGGGCGAGUGGAGUCCAGCGAUUUCCGUGGGAAACGAGGCGCAGAAGCCCUGGACGGAAUGGUACCCGAUCACGCUGGUGGCCGCCCUGUGCCUCGCCUUUGUCUCCUCCCUGGCCUGCAGGACAUGUCACGUGUGGACCAAGCUGUUUCCUCCAGUCCCAGGACCCAAAAGCCACGUUCAAGACUUCGCUGCCACGGUGAACUACGAGAAAUCUGGGUCGCGAGAGACAGAGAGCGAGGUCAUCAGCUACGUGGAGGAGCCCGGGCUGGAGGUCCUGGAGGACUUGGUGUUCUGACGGGCGUGGGCCACCGGCAGCGAGGACUGCCUCCCGCUCAGAGGCACGGAGCUCCCCACACCGGCUGUCACUGCGGCCGGGCGGGCGGGUGCCGGGGGAUGCGCCCUUCUCUGCGAGUCCACACAGCGCUGACCCCGAGGACAGAGACGCUAUGGACCCGCUCCCUGCACAGAGCUGGACGCGGCGGCACAGGGCAGAGCCGAGGCCACGCGCUGUCUGGGGAGGAAGGCAUCGUCGUCGUCAGACUGCGACAGGAAGCGCAGGGGCCACGGGGCCUGGCC